AUGCAUAGAUAAUCUUAAUAGAUAAAUCCUUUGCCUGCAAUCUAAAGCAAACCUAAACAAAUAAAAUUGUAAACAAGGUAAUAAUCUGAAACUUCCAUGCCUCCAAAAUAACAAGAAAAGAAAAUACAGAGAUAAAUGAGUAAUGUUGAGAAGGGCAACUUUCUAUAUUUCUUAUAUGCUUAAAAAAAUGGCUAGGUAGUAAAGAAUGAGAAACAGUUUGCUGAAUUCCUAAGGAAAACCUAUAACUUUGAGCCACCUUAAAAGAAUGAGGGGCCAAGCAAAAAGGGUUUGCUUUAUCUCUCCAAAAGGGAAGAGAAUGAAGAUCACAUUAAAAAAUUGACAAAUUCAGUAUUGUCUCCAGGAACCAAAAGCAUGACUGUGAGUAAGGAUGUACCUCUUGAUUAAGUGGUAAGUCAAAUGUUUGAGAAGUAACUUGAGCGUUUCCCAAAGGUAAAAUAAAAGAUUGAAAGAACUCAAUGA